AUGCAACCUUUGGUCGCUACCCGCUCUAUCUUUCGAAGUUCGCGUGCUCUUUCUCUCAGAAGGGCGUACUCGACAUCACCGUCUCCCCCGUCUAAGCCGUACUACAUCACUACGCCCAUCUUCUACCCUAAUGCCAAACCCCAUAUCGGGCACCUACACUCGCUAGUCAUUGCGGACAUAUAUGCAAGAUAUGCCAAGCUUUGUGACCCUGAUCGCGCGGUGCAUUUCGUCACCGGAACGGACGAGCACGGGCUCAAGAUCCAGAACGCGGCCAAGGCGAAGGGACUGUCGCCAUUGCAGUUCUGUGACGAGCUGAGCGUGAACUUCCGCAACCUCGCUAAAGAUGCCAACACCACCGUCUCCUGCUUCACUCGCACCACUCAACUGGACCACGUCGCUGCGGUCACGCACCUAUGGAAAGAACUCGAGGCGAAAGGGCUCAUCUACAAAGGCGAGCACUCCGGCUGGUACUCCAUCUCGGACGAGACGUUCUACCCGGCCACUCAAGUCACGCAGCUCGAGAACGGGGAGCACAUCUCGACGACGUCUGGGUCCAAGGUGGAGUGGCAAACGGAGGUGAACUACAAGUUCCGACUCUCCGCGUUCCGCGACUCCCUGCGCACACACUACACCGAGAACCCGGACGUCGUCUUCCCUCCCCAGGCCCACCAGGAGGUGCUGGCGUGGCUUGAAGGACCGCUCGAGGGCUUGUCCAUCUCGCGAAACCGCUCACGGCUGACGUGGGGGAUCCCGGUGCCCAACGACCCCGAGCAGACGAUAUACGUCUGGAUCGACGCGUUGACGACCUACCUAUCCUCUGUCGGCUACCCGUGGAACGCCCCCAACGAGUCGAGUCGACCGAUAUGGCCUCCCAACGUUCAAGUCAUUGGGAAGGAUAUCCUCAGGUUCCACGCCAUCUACUUCCCCGCGAUGCUUCAAGCCCUUGGUCUCCCCCUCCCGAUCAACCUGCUCUCGCACGCCCACUGGACUGUUGACCGCGCGAAGAUGUCGAAGUCGGUGGGCAACGUCGCAGACCCGGUGGAGUUCAUCCAGGAGCACGACAGCGACAUUGUGCGGUUUUACCUCGCACGCGUCGGAGGUCGGUUCAGAAUCGAUGUUGACUGGUCCGAGCCACAGCUGCUAAAGCACCGGCGCGAGCUGGUGACCAACUUCGGCAACACGUACGCCCGCCUCGCAAGUCCUGCCAUGGCGGAGCGCACGGACGCGCUCCGCCCGGCGGACGCUGCGUCUGCACUGCGCGCAGCACACCCCGUUCUCGCAGAGCAGCUGGCCUCUCUUCCCGAGGUGUUCGAUACGCACAUGCGCGGGUUUGGCCUCGCCGACGCCGUGGCGGCUGUAGUAGACGCGCUGGAACAGGUGAACGUCAUGCUCACUGUCGUCAGGCCCUGGGACGCGUCCGUGCCUGCGCAGGACGUAGCCGACGCGCGCUGGAUCGGUCUCGAAGCGCUCCGCCAGUGCGCGAUCCUUUUUCAGCCGAUCAUCCCCGUGCACGCAGAGAUGCUCCUCGACGCACUCGGGGUCCACGGCGGCCUGCGGUCCCUUCGAGACGCAGGGUUCGGCCGCCCGGCGCUCGGGAAGACCUUCCCAAAGUUGCUGCUCUGGGAGAACAAGAAGGCCAAAAAGUAG